GCGUAUUUUAGUGGACUAUGAAACACACCGCUAAUCUAAACUGACUUGGUGGACGUUUAACGUUCGUGUCAUUGGUGGGCAGGUGUCCCGUUCAAAAUGACUCUUCCAGCUUUGCACAACACCGGUGUGCUUUUCAGAAGGAUACUGUCACAGUUUCCUCAGGAUAUCAGCUUAGCGUUUGCCUACGGCUCCGGCGUUUUUAAACAGCAUGGGACCAGCCAAGGUCAAAUGGAGAAGAACAUGCUGGAUUUUGUAUUUGCGGUGGAUGACCCGGUGACGUGGCACACCAUGAAUCUGCUACAGAAUCGCAAACACUACUCCAUCCUCAAGCUGCUGGGUCCCACGAUGAUCAGCUCCAUACAAAAUGAUCACGGGGCUUCAGUGUACUACAACACACUGGUACCUGUGGAUGGCAGGAUAAUCAAAUAUGGGGUGAUAAGUACAGACUCUCUGAUUGAUGACCUGAUACACUGGAAGACCAUGUAUGUAGCUGGGCGUCUUCACAAACCGGUGAAAAUGCUGUUGCAGAGAGAGAGCGGAAAGCUCCGUGCUGCCCUGGUAGCCAAUCUGAAGAGUGCUGUCACUGCUUCCUUCCUCAUGCUGCCGGAGAGCUUCACAGAGGAAGACCUUUUCCUGCAGAUAGCUGGUCUUUCUUAUGCUGGGGAUUUUAGGAUGGUGAUUGGAGAAGAUAAGUCCAAGGUGGCCAGUAUUGUCAAAGACAACAUUCAACACUUCAGGAUUUUGUAUAGUAACAUUCUAAGGGACUGCCCUCAAGUGGUCUACAAACCUCACCAAGGAAAACUUGAGGCUGACAAAAGCCCAGAAGGCCAGUUUACUCAGCUGAUGGCGUUACCCCGAACUCUUCAGCAAAAGAUCACAAAGCUGGUUGAUCCUCCGGGGAAAAACCGGGAUGUGGAAGAGGUCCUGCUCCAGGUGGCUCAAGACCCUGACUGUGGAGCUGUUGUGCAACAAGGUAUCUCAUCUAUUGUGAAAUCCUCCAGUAUAACACAGAGUGUCAAAGGCAUUGCUACAGCUGGCUUGUGGAAGACUGUGUCCUACAGCUCCAAAAAACUGAUGAAGAUGUGGAAGGGCUGGAGGAGGAAGCAGUCAGUUUCUCAAAUGUCUUGACCUCGUUUGCUUACCAGGAACUUGUCCAUCUUGGUUACUGUCAGUCUCGCAAUCUAAUGCUGCCCAUCCUUUUUUACCUCCCAGCUAGAACAAUCACACUUUAACCUUUGGUUGUAUCACUCCAUAGUCUCUAUGUAUGUGACCAGUGACCAGGUGUAAGGUCAUGUGUGAAUACUAAGAGCCAUCUGUGCAUGUGCUCUCAUCAAAUUCAUAACAUUCAUGAAUAAAGGGUGGCAUUUUCUAAGUUGGACUGAGUUAUGGCUGACAUUUGCCAGUACUACAGAUUAGCCAUUUCUGGAUGAUGGACUACAGAGACUGAUGAGAUACUGAAAGGUCUGAUUGGACUGCUUUUAAAGGCCAUGGAGUAAAAAUAGCACAAAAUGAGUGUUAACUUGAAAACUGUACCUCAAGUUUUGUGAAGAAAUAAGAUGGGUCACGUGUGUCUUUUGAAUUGUGUCACUGUUACAUGUGGUGAUUUUAUUUUAUUUUAUUUUUUUUCUUUGUGGUUAUGGAGUAAGAUGACUGUCAAAAACGUGUGGGUGUGUGUGUGUAUAAUUCUAAUAUUCAUAUUCGUAUUUGUAUGUCAAUAAAAUUCUUGUACCUAAAUCUCUGCUGUAAUAUAUGUGAGUCUGAGAAAUUGUGCAGAUUUUUAUGUGAGUGUGAAUCUAAAAGCUGUGAGUGCAAAGUCUUGUGAA